CACGCCACCGAACACGAUAACCGGCGGAUCGUAGCAAAACUUUGUCGCAUCGAAGCGCGCGCGUUCAACGAAAGCGCGGCUGGAGACGUAACCGGCCCCCGCCGCCGCCGGUGCCAAGCCGUGUGCCGCCGCCACCGUUGCGGUCGUCAGCUGCCGCCGYACAGACUACGCUCUCGUCGGCCGUCGUUCUAUUUUUUUUUCGUUUUCGCACGUUCGAGCCUCACAGCCACCGCCGAGACGGUAGUCGUUCCCCGCGCAGGGCGCACCGCGUUCGGCGUUUUCAAAACACCGUAAACAUCCCGCGUAAUUUCUCGUUACGAAAACAAUUUCGUCCUACUCGAUCACCGCACUUUGUCUCUGUAUAGUCGAUCCGUCACAACAUACUUGAACGUAAUAAUAUUUAUUUUUUUGACAAUUAUCUCAAUUAUCUCAGUCCACUACACUCAGACCCUCACACACAUUAUUUCUAGAAAAAAAUCCUCAAAGUCGUAGGUAUUAACGUUUUUACGGGCCAUGAGACGGUAUGUGGCUCAAUUGUCGUGCACUGAUAGGAGUCAGUGAUAGGUAGAAUAAUAAAAUUAAAUAAAUACGCGCACUGCACAGUUGUACUUAUCAGGGACACUCGCGAACGGUGGCACGUUGACCGAUUGAAAAGGAUUUGCUAACGGCUGCAAAACGGAGCACAUAAGAAAAAUCAUGGGCUGCGUUCAGUCGCUAUUCAAUCCUUCAAAAUCAAGGAGUCCAUCCCCAGAAAGGGAAUUCGAACCUCCAAAAUUUGAGACCGUACCUGUCACACGGCAACCGAAAAAAACAUACAACACAUCUGUUGCCGGAAUAUCAGUGACCAAUGACCGCGGGAGUCAUGACGUGGAUUUUGACACUGAUAGCGAUGAYGACAUGGCUAUUAAGUGCGAUGACUUUGACAGACAUGCAAUGGGUAUUGAGGAUGACCUGCGGUCGGUGCACUACGUAGAAGCUACAGCGUUGACCACAUUAGCUGCUAAUUCGACUUCKGUGGCCAUACUUGGCACGACGGCCAAGUGCAAAUCGGCCGGUGUGUCACCAGCCAUUCAACGGCAACGGUCAUCAUCUUCGUUUUCGUCGACAGCGUCUUUGCCGUCAGGAACACAACAGCCGGUAUCAUCGCAGACAUCGCUGGAAUCAAAAAAUGUAAAUAYGACGCCAGUAAAAAAACUGACUUCGAAAACUGGAACAAAAGCAGUCGUAAAAUCCACGUCCAAGAAUGAAUCACAGGAACUGUGGCUAUCUGAAGCCCAAUGGGCCGAACACCUGGCCACCAAGGUCAGUAACAAUAAGUCUACACGGUUGUUGGUCACGGAAUCCGUUUCACCACCAUCGUCACCGUCACCAUUUUUGACAUCGUCACCUCAGUGGCCAAUGAUUUGUAGCUCCAAGCAGAGCAAUUUAGACCGCAUGCCUGUAGGUGUGAUCGAGGUCUUGGAUUGUGAACCGGUGGACCAACGGCGGCCACCACAGACGAAAGCACAACAGUUCGCGAAGGCACAGCGAUCCACUCGUGAUAAUAACAUUCCAUUGCCCGUCAUACACGCGAUGGAAAUUAAAUCCAAUUCUUUAGGCCACGAAGAUAUGUUCAAAACCAUGAUGGUGCAACCCCCUUCAUCUGAUAGACACGGAUAUCGUGCGAAGAUGGCAACCGGAAGUUCUACAUUUGAUUCGUCCUCCCGGAAACCAUUCCUCUGGCAGUCCAAUGAAUCCAAAUUCAAAUAUACUGAAGACGACUAUUCGGCCGCUACCGAAUGGAUGAUUAACAUGCCAGUUUUUGCAAAAUGUCCACCAGCAAAGUCUAAAAUCAUGACUUCUGUGACAGUAGAUGUUUGA